CACGCAGUUGAGACAGCCUUGAUAGCUUAACGGUUAACACAUCCUCUGCCUUGCCCAUACAGAAGCGCAGUUUUCAAGUGCAUCAUCGACGGCAUCGUUCGCGAGGACACAAGACUGAUCGACGUUGAAACCGAGGUGCAACCGACCCUGAGACGUUCAGACUAGACCAAUCAAUCAUGUUUCAGAUUCCUGCGCGCUUGAUUCUCAUGUGUGCUGUUGCAUUGCAGUCCUUAGUAUGGGCGCCCACGGUCCCCACUCGUGGUCACUCGCUCACUCAGACCACCUCGAUUGAACCCCCCAGACCUGAACAGAUCGAGCAGAUGAAUUUCGAGUCAGCAGUCAAAGCUGGAAGAGCUUGUGAAUGUCACACUCCUGGGCUGUAUCAGACCUUGUCCAGAGUGUCAAGACGCAAGACUUUCACCACAGGUUAUAAUGUCUGUUUAGGUUGAUGAUCAUACCAUAGGUAGUUAGGGCAACUGCAAC